UCCCCUGCCCUGCCCGGCCACGGCCGGUCGGGCCCCAUUUCUGACCCCGGCAGCCCCAGGGGACCGUUGAUCCCCGGUCCCCCAGGAGCGGGCGCCUCGUUGGAGAACUGGGCCCGACCUUCCGGAUGGAGCGAAGAACGGAACCGAGGAUUCCAGAGGAGAGAGGUGCUCACCCAGGAUCCGUGAGCGAACGCGAGGAGGAACGACCCCGGGAGAAAGGACCCGUGAAGGAGGGGCCUGAAGAGACUCUCUCCGGAACCCCUCUCAGGGUCGAGUUGUCCUCAGCUUGGCCCUUGGAAGACCCUCCCCGGAAUCCCGAGGACGAGGACCUUCAAGAGGUGCCUUCGGGACAGGCUAACAACAUCCCGGAGGAGGGAUGGGGCCCGCCGCCUCCCUCGGAGCGGCGGGAGAAACAGCUUACUCCCUCGCCCGUCCCUCGGGCUUCCGUCGUGUGGGGUGCACCGUAUCAGUGCGCCGACUGUGGGAAAAGAUUCUGCCUGAGGUCCAAUUUCCUGACUCACCAGCAAACCCACGUGGGAGAGAGGCGCACGAACCGCCUCACGUGUGGGGCCGGCUUCAGUGACUGCGCCAGCCUCAUGGCCCAUCAGAAAUCCCACGGCAGAGACCAAACGCACACCUGCCCCGAAUGUGGGAAGAACUUCAGCGACGCCACCAACCUCAACACUCACCUGAGGGUCCACACCGGGGAGAAGCCCUACCGGUGCCCCGUCUGCGGGCAGAGCUUCAGCCAGAGCUCUGGCCUCAUCCGACACCAGAGGACCCACACGGGCGAGAAGCCCUACGGCUGCCCUGAGUGCGGAAAGGGGUUUAGACAGAGCUCGGACCUGGUGGAGCACCACCGCACCCACACGGGCGAGAGGCCGUACGCCUGCGGAGAUUGCGGGCAGAGCUUCACCCGGCCUUCCAACCUGGUCAACCACCGCCGCACCCACGUCCCCAAGCGGCUGUUCCAGUGCCUCGAGUGUGGGAAGAGUUUUCAGCAGAGCACCAGCCUCAGUCGCCACCGGAAAACCCACACGGGAGAGAAGCCGUACACGUGCCCAGAAUGCGGGAACAGCUUCAGCCAGAGCUCCAACCUUCUCACCCACCAGCGGAGCCACACCCUGGAGAAACCGUACAAGUGUCCCGACUGCGGCAAGAGCUUCAACCGGGCUUCCAAUCUCCUCCAGCACCGCAAAACCCACGCGCCCGACAGACCCUAUAAAUGCCCCCACUGUGAGAAGGCCUUUAGCCGCAGCUCAAACCUCCUGAUCCACCAGGGCAUUCACACGGGGGAGAGACCCUACAAAUGUCCCCAGUGUGGGAAAGGUUUUGGGUCUGGCUCCAACCUGAUCCAGCAUCUGGAAACCCACUCAGGAGGAAAAGCUUAAAAGGGACCGCUCCAGGAACAGUGGCGGGGAGGGAAUUUUGUACCUCAAGUCCGUGUUGUGUUAAAAUGUAUUAACAACAUCCUCUGGGAUU